UAACAUUGGUGAAGAACAUUGUGAAAACUGUGGUCAAAGAAGUUAUACAGAACCUAAGAAUAUUUCAAAAGAAACAAUGAAAAAUUUAAAUAAUAAGGUAAUAGAUGUUCAUUAUGUAGAAGUUGGAAGAAAGAAUCAUGAAAGUUUGAAGUGUAGAGAAAAAGAUAAAAUGAUACAAAAAGUUGAUGAUAUAAAUAUAGAAAAUAAUGAAGUGGUAAAAAGGGUGAAAAUAAAUAGAGAAUUUGCAAAAGCAAUGAUUAGAACUAAAGCCAGUAGUCAUAUUGAUGAUGAGUUCGUUGGAUAUAUUCUUAGACUCGAGGUUGAUAUUGAUAGCAUUAAA